AUGAUUUUUCGGUGUAGUAUUGGAUGCAGUACAAGAUCAACACUCAAAGUGAUAAUUUUUACGAUCUUGUUUCUUGUCCUGCGUUGCGAAAAUGACGCUGAUAUGGAGCCAGACGAUGUUCUAGGCGAGAUAGAUUUGCUUAAUCUGAAACGAUAUGAGGAUGUAAUGAAUGAACAAGAUUUGGAAGACUUCGAAGAAGCGCUUUGCAUAUUCAUCGCAGAAGAGGCUGAAGAGAUUGUUGGGAAAUUCAAGGAACUUGGAGAAGCCGCAUCAGCUCUCCAAGAAAUAACGCUAAACAAGACUGCCACCCGGUUUAAACGUGCGGCCUCGAAAUCGAAGCUUGAAGCCGGACUUCUCUUUCUUCGGGUGGCUGAGGGUCUAUUCGGUGGUUCUGACACCGAGUGUUAUGGCAAAGUCGGAUGCUUUACAAAAGGCGACAACCUGACUCUUCCCGCUGGCCUCCCAAGCACUCCCGAGAGUGUCGGCACAAUAUUCAAUCUUUAUUCUAGGCAACACAAAAACGAAGCUGUCGUAAUUUCUCAAUCUUCGUCUCAAAAAACCUUAAAAAAAUACUUCGGCACCAGGAAGGACCUUGUGUUUAAAAUUCACGGUUUCGGACAAGGUGGACACAGCACGAUGCCCAUUGAGAUGAAAGACGCAUUUCUCGAAAAGAUAGAUUGCAACUUCGUCGUUGUACUGUGGACUGAAGGUGCAAAGAAACCUUUGUACAAUAUCGCUGCAGCAAACACGGCCCUUGUUGGAAGGCAGAUUGCGUUGCUUCUUAGGAAGCUAACCGAGGAAUUUCCAGAGACUGUUUUAAGUUCAGACGUUCACUUGAUUGGCUUCAGUCUUGGUGCCCAUAUCGCCGGAUUUUCUGGAAGGACCUUUACGUUAAUAACAAAUAAAACUAUAGGAAGAAUAACUGGGCUCGAUCCAGCCAACGCCUUGUUCACAAACUCGGGUGUGCAGUUGAGACCCAGUGACGCAGAUUUUGUAGACGUCAUUCACACCAACAGGGGAAAGGCCUCCAGUGGAAAAAUGGGGAUUAAUAAGCCAUGCGGUCACGUCGACUUCUAUCCGAAUGGUGGAUCAAAACAGCCGGGGUGCAGCUGGCUCGACAUUGGCUGCAGUCACAGGAGAGCGGCGGAGUAUUUCGUAGAAUCACUGACGGACGCGACUUGCAAGUUUGUGUCUUAUUCCUGCACCAAUGGGCUGCAGGACAGUGUGGGCGCGUGUAAAAAAAACCGAAGUAACAAAUCCGAAAUGGGAUACAACAGCAAGGACACACUAGGACGGGGAGCGCAGAUGCUGCCAACAAAUAGAAGACCCCCGUAUUGCAAAGUGUGGUAA